UGGAUGUUAUGUGCGCUCUUCUUCUCUCGCCCUGGUCCUUCAACAGAGUUCUUACAAAAAGCAUCUAAUGUUUGCGGUCUGAAAGCCAAAAUUGACAGCUGAUUGGAGAUGAGAUAUGUCAUUUUGAUGCUGAAAGCUACGAGAUAUGGAGCGGAAUUUCUGAGCUUUCCAAGGCCUCUGUUGGAGGCUCAAAGCUGUUGGGCUGCAUCAGUGGAGGAACCAUCACAAUGAUAAUCAGAGCAAGCUUGCUGAUCCUCGCUACUGUUGCAGCUCUUGCAGUUUCCGGUAAUGCCAUCGCCAAGCCGUCGAAGAAACGGAAACCCCGUCUUGAAUCAUCAGGUUGUUCCUCCCUUUUAUCUUUCGAGAAUUUCUCCCCCGAGUUAAUUCGGAAUUCAGUGGAGUCGGUUCCGCUUUGUUUCUACUAGUUCAUUGAUGGUGUUCGCAUAGUUUCAGGAGAGGAAGACCGGCAAAUUGGCCAUGUCGAGUAAAAGGAGGAGAACGACACUGGAGAUGCGAACUGGCAAUGGGCAACUGCCCGGCAAGGCAAGAAUCCGAAUGGCCUCGAUGAAGCAGAACGGAUGAAGCGUCUGCUUAACGACAAGAGGAGAAGGGAAAUAGCAGUUGAGAAUAAGCUGUUGGAGCUCUAUGGGCUGAGAGAACAACGUUCCUUCAUCACACAUUUGCAGAAGCAAUUAAGGGUCAGAUCAUCCAAGGCCGACAUGCUGAAGUCCGCCGUCAGCUCGCUCGAGGCCGAGAAAAGCGAUCUCGAGAAGGAAAUCAGAGAGAGCUCCGUGGCAGAGAAGCAGCUGGAGGCGGCGCAAAAGGCGAUGAAGCAGUGGCAGGAUAAGGAGAAUGCCGGCGAAAUCCUAAUGAAGGCACAACUGAACAUGAUCGAAGAGAGAGUCCACGGCUUCCACGGUAAAGAGAAGUCAUCUAGAGAACCCGUGAUCAACAGGAAGAAGAUGAAAAGGAUGGAGGAUCUGAAGUUGGAGGUCCUGGAGAUGAACCGGAGGAACAAGGAACUCGAGCUCGAAAAGCGGGAGGUAGCGCUCAAGUUGAAUUCUGCUCAGGCGAAAACCAGCUCCCUUUCCACAAUGACAGAGAGCGAAGUGAUUGCUGGGGUCGAAGAAGAGGCGAGUGCCCUGAAAUGUGGGAACGAAGACCUCUUGAAGCAGAUAGAGACGCUGCAGAAGCAGAGAUUCAGCAUGGUGGAAGAGCCGGUGUACCAAAAAUGGCUGAACAGUUGCUUGAGAUUCGAAAUCCAGGACUACCAAACCCCACCGGGCGCUCCUGGACGCUAUCCUAGUGAGGAUUGGAGUUUCGGGUCACAGCAGGAAGCGAAAUCCGCCGCUCGUGCCGCAUCCGACUGCGCCGAUUCGUCUGAGACCUCCGCGUAGAGCCACGAAAUCGACGGCACGGGCUCGACCCUCGAAAGCACCUCAGGCAGCCAAAGCAGCAUAGGCAAAAGAUCUAGCCUGAUCACUAAGAUAAAGAGGUGGAACAAGAGCAAGAGGGACAUCAUGGUGGAUCCAUCACCAGAGAGGUCUCAUCCUAGCAAAAGAUUUUUGGCAAAGAUGGAUUAAUCCUCAGAUUUUCGACAUCGAUGGUCCUCGAAGCGAGGUGGGAUUUCGCUACUGAUGCUUCUAGGAAGACAAGUGACUAGGAUCUUGCAGAAUCCCCAGGCCCGGAGAUUGGCUCCCACCGGAGGAGGGUAUCUUUCAAUGAUCACGUUACCGUGAGGAAUCUAGAACCGGAGUUUGAAGAUACAUUACCACCGGAUGAGAUGGAACCCUUUAGCCGGGAAAUAUAUGUCGGGAGCUGGAGUCGGAUGUCGCCGACAAAGUCAAGGGACAAUGCACUA